AUGUUUUCCUUCGCGGAUCGCUUCAAUCAUCCUCUGUCUGCGUGGAAUACAUCCUCUGUGACCGACAUGAGCUUUAUGUUUGCCGGAGCGCCGGCCUUUGACCAACCGCUGUCUGCCUGGGACACGGCAGCCGUCAGGAACAUGAGCGGCAUGUUUUUCCACGCCUGGUCCUUCAAUCAGCCUCUCGACAGCUGGAACACGGCCUCCGUGACCGACAUGAGCAGGAUGUUUGCUGGCGCCGCCGACUUCAACCAGCCCAUUGGCUCUUGGGACACCUCUUCUGUGACGAAUCUCAGU